AUGAGAGGAGCAAAGGAUGCUUAUUGGACACUGUCGACGAAAAUUAGGAAGUUCAACACUUAUUUAAACGAACAGUCAAAUGAUUUCUGUACUGCAUUUCAUACAGAUGCACAAUUAUUCGAUCAUUUUGAAAAGUUUACAGCUGGUACUGAAAAAACUAAAGUGGAUGAUGCUUUCCGUAAUUUGACAAGUGUAAUGAAAGCCAUUCCGUUGGAGAAGGAUAAAGAAAAGGAAGGAAGCGAAGAAAAUUGCACUUAUGAUCUGUUUCUCUUUCGAGUCGAGCUAGAAUUUUUCCUUGCUCUCGACACAGCAAUUAUUGACUGGCUAUCUAAAUAUGUUAAACCAGAUAACCACAAUUACGAAUAUUUCUGCCGUGAGAAAGAAUAUUGUUUAUAUGCUCAACUUCGUAAAAGAAUUAGGGAAUCAAAGGAAAUCACUGAGAAAUUGAUCAAAAAUUUGGGAGAUUGGUUCGAGGGUCGGAAACAUGGUCUCAUCAACGAUGAUUUUAAAUAUUUCGCGGCUAACUAUGUUGCUGAACGCUUCCGCAUUAAAAUUCCUGCACCGCCGGAGCCUUUGAAGUUAAAAGUCAAAUAUGAACACGGCGGAUAUAAAAACAAGGUGCUUUACGAACAUGAUGGAAGAAAUAUGAGAAUGUUAACAAAAGUAUCUCAUCCAAAAUCAAAGAUACAAGGAAAAUCAUUUCCAAAUUCUAAAAACUUUUCUUUCCAUCAUCAAUAUAAUAAUGGAAUCCAUGGAGAUGUCUCAGAAGAAGACGGGGAAAACGAGAUGUACGUGCCAAAAUCGGCUUAUGCAAAUCCUAACAACUUUUCUUUCCAUCAUCAAUUUAAUGGAACUCAUGGAGAUAUAUCAGAGGAGGGAGAUGAAGGAGCUGGACAUGAAAUGCAUGAGGAUACCAGUAAUGAAGAAGACAUGCAUGCACAAAUGGAAAUGAACCAUGAAUACGACAACCAGUAUGAUAACAUGCAUGACACGUCAUUUGAAUUAGGUCAUGAGGAAAUAACUGAUAAAAAUGGAAAGAAACAAAAAGUCCUUAAUUACCGUUGCCGCAUGGGCCCGCAUCAAAUGAAUUACCAAUUUGGCUAUGAUCCUGCUUGCGCAGUUUAA